AUCAACAAUUUUAUUUUAAGUUAAUGAACUAAGUGAGAAAAAAAUUAAUUGAUAUUUUACAUUUAAUUUCUUAUAACUCUCUUGUUAUGUAAUUUUAUUGUAUUUUCUUUAUUAGCCAAUAUGACUUUUUCAAAUGGUUUUAAAACUCUUGCACCUUACAAGUUUAAUAUUAAAGAAGAAUUACGUAUAUCUGUAAAAAAAGGAUUAGAAGUUCAUUUUUUUAAAGCAUUAAGUCAAUUUGAGAGUGAUACAAUAAAUGAUAUAAUUAAUGAGACGUACACAGAUAAUGAUAACCAAGUAAAGACUUUAUUAAUAGAAGCUGCCAUUAAUGGUCAAAUAAAAAUAAUAAAACAUUUAUUAAAUAAGUUUAAAGUUAAUUUGAAUGUAGAAGGUAAAGUCAAACAUUUUGGUUCUAUGGUUGAGGGAGCUACAGCCCUAUGGUGUGCAGCUGGUAGUGGACACCUGGAAAUUGUUAAAAUUCUACUUGAAAAUGGUGCAUUUGUUGAUUAUUGUACAAAAACUAAAUCUACACCUUUAAGAGCUGCUUGUUAUUUAGGAAGAUUAGAUAUUGUUAAAAGUUUAGUAGAAAAUGGAGCCAAUGUUAAUGCUACAAAUAUAUUUAAUAGUACUUGUCUAAUGAUUGCAUCAUAUAGGGGACAUAAAAAUGUUGUGAAGUUUUUAUUGGAAAAUGGUGCUGAUGUCAAUCAACAAACCAAUUGUGGAGCAACAGCAAUGCAUUUUGCAGCUCAAGCCGAUCAUCUAAAAAUCAUACAAAUGCUUUUAGCAUACAAUGCUAAACAUUUAAAAAAUGAACAUAGUCUUACUCCAAUAUUAGUUGCAGCUGAAAGAACUCAUUUUGUUCUUGUAUAUUAUCUUUUAGAUGCACUUCAUCUAAGUCGCGAAGAAAAAAUUGAAGCUGAAGAAUUACUUGGUGCAUCAUUUUUAAAUGAUAAAGACACAUAUGAUAAUCAUCUAGGAUUUACUAUCUUGAUGCAUUCAAUGGAAAUGAGGUAUAAUAUGGACCCAGUUAUUCCAAAAGAAACUUAUGUUAAAGUUGAAGCUUAUAAUAAUCGUAUUGAAUGUCAGACAGUUCAAGAUUUAGCAUAUAUAAAAGAUGACCUAGAAUCAUUACACUAUGAAUCAUUAAUAAUAAGAGAACGAAUAUUGGGUAUAAAAAAUGCAGACUUAUUGCAGUCUAUUAUAUAUCGUGGAGCUGUUUAUGCAGAUUCUUAUAAUUUUACACCAUGUAUGAAACUUUGGUUACAUGCAAUGAAAAUAGCUCAAGAUAAUCAAACUAGUAUUCAUAAGGAUCUCUUGCGUUUUGCUCAAGUUUUUUGUCAAAUGAUUAAGGCUAAUAUAUCCAUUCAACUAAUAGACUUAAAAAAAGUGUUAGAAGCUACAACUGAGGAGUUGAAGCGCAAUAAAACAAAAUUAAUCAAUAAUUCUUCUGAAGAAGAUAGAAAAGUGAUUGAAAUCGAUUAUUUUGGAAAUAUAUUAUCAACUCUUGGAUUAAUCAUUAUAACAAGCAUUAUAUUAGUUCAAAAUAAUAAUUUAGAAGAUCCUCUUAAAGGAGAAAUACUUAAAAUAAUAGUUGAAAUUAAUAAAUUGAAAGUAAGAACAUCUAAAGGACAAUCAUUACUUCAUUUAUGUCUCAACUAUGAUACAAAUGUGGAUAAUUUAUUUACAAACGGAAUUUGUUGUUUUCCUAAUUAUCCUACCAUGAAAUUAUUAAUUUAUUGUGGAGCCAAUGUCAAUGCCAUUGAUAAUAAUCGAAAUACACCACUACAUUACCUUGAUAAAUUCAUAUCAGACUUUCCCCAUAUACCACAUACAAGUAAUCAUUUAGACACUAAAAAAAUGGUGAUGGAAUUGCUUGAUUCUGGUGCACAUACUGAUUUUAUCAAUAAUAGGGGCGUUUGUCCCCAUACUGGAUUUCUUAACACUGUUUUUAAGUUAACAAACAAUAAUCCAAUGAGUUUAAAAUGUUUGGCUGCUAGAGAAGUCAGAAAAAAUAUUCCUAGAGAAUAUUAUCUUAAACAGUUGCCUAUAGAAUUAAAAGACUUUACUGAUUUACAUGGAGUUGAUGAUUGAUUAAUAUAUCAGUAAAAAUAGAGUAUCAUAGUAAAAAUUUGAAUUUAAUAAUUUUAUAAUAAUUUUAUUAUUUAAAAUUAGGUUGAUGAAUUAUUUUUAUUUAUUUAUAAAAGCUGUAAAAAGAUCAAUUACUUUCCUAUACUUAUGAUAAAUAGAAUUUUAGUCAUAUAAAUAACUUUGACCAAUAAA